CGUGGCUUGCCAGAAACACCGAGAAAGGGGAGCAUGGCAAUUCGCAUUUGUCCGGUGCCAACAGGACGGGCCAUUCCGUUUACUGCAGGCAACGCAAGACAUCAUGACGGAGGGCGAUGUAAGACAUCACGAUGGCGGAUGAUUGUCUGGGUCAUCUGCGGGAUUAUUGGAAUAGGAUGGCCGGGCCUAGUUGCAGGACCUCUUUCAUGAUGAGGUGUGAGAUCGAAAAUGUUAAAAAGAUUCCUGGUUUCCAGCCGGUAAAGGUACACCGCUGGCAAUCGUCUACGGCUAGCAUCUCCACAGUCAUCGUCGUUCCACAUAUCCAUCUGAGAUAGUAUCAUCGUGUCCAUCUGCCGACUCCUUCCCGAUGUCUUCGGUCCGUAAGAUUGUUGUGGGGGUGGACUACGGGACGACCUGCACAGGCGUCAGAUUCAUUGGUACGUCCACGCUAGCAACGCCAGCAACAGCUCCUAAUCCCCAUAUCGACACCAUUGGGGACUGGCCCCGAACCUCCGGACAAGGCAAGGUGCCAUCCAGAAUCGCCUACACCGAGCCACAUGAGUGUGUUCAACCACAACGUCGGGCCUGGGGAUUUGGGGUUCAACCGGGAAUGACUUCAUGCUCAUGGACCAAGCUUCUUCUCGAUGUUGAUGCGAACCUGACCGAGUUUGAUGAUGAUGCCCUGAACCAUGCCGCUGCAUUGGGAAUCUUUCAUCUACCCGCUGGGAAAGCCCCUGUGGAUGUGGUCGCGGACUAUCUCUGCUAUAUAUACGAGCACAUAUGGAAAGCGUUGAACAAAUCAGUUGGGACAGGUCCAAAGUGCCUUUCUCUGGAGUUCUGGUUCACAGUUCCGGCAACUUGGUCCGAGCAGGCCCAGAUCAAGACCAAAGAAGCGGCAAGUCGGGCAGGGUUUGGACAGAGGCCGGGUGACAAGCUUUUCAUCAUGACAGAGCCUGAAGCGGCCGCACAGGCCGUCUUCCAUGAAUAUCCAGCUGAUUUCAAGCCUGGAGAUGGUGUGUUGAUAUGUGAUUGUGGGGGUGGCACCGUGGAUAUUGCGACCUACUUAGUGGCCGAUAUCACCCCCACCCUCCACGUCCGGAAGAUCACCGCAGUGCAAGGAGGUAAAUGUGGCGGCACGGCCGUCGACAGCCGAUUCUAUCAAUUGAUGACCAUCCGCUUCGGGUCUGCCUUUGAAGGCUUGCCAUGCAAGCAAAUUGCGCCGGGGAGCAAAUUCAUGGAUGCGUUUGAAACCGCCAAACGUGCGUUUAGCGGCGUUCCAGGAGACGCAGUUCGUCUCCCAUUGAGGAUGAAACCAAACCAUAUAGAUGCCGGGCACUACUACUCGGGGCAUAUACUUCUUUCUAGUGGUGACCUCCAGAGCUUAUUCGACCCGGUGGUUUCGAGAAUCAUCAAUUUGAUCAACACGCAGGUCAAGGCUGCAGACAAAGCGUACGGGUAUCGAGUGAUCAAUAAGAUUGUCAUCGUUGGCGGAUUUGGUGCCUCCCCGUACCUCCAAGGGGCACUUCGACGUUACACUCAAUCCGGCAAGCUACUAGUGACUAUACCCACAAACCCGGAAUUAGCCGUUGCUUCUGGGGCUGCUUUACGUGGUCUGCACGGGCAUACCACGGUGACCCAGCGCUGUCCCCAACACUAUGGGUUUGAGACUUCCCGGCCCUUCUGCGCUGAUGUUGACCCGGAUCAUGUUAGCGGCUGGGAUAUCUUCAACGAAGUGAAAGUCGUCAAUGGGGUCGCCUCUUGGGUGGUUAGUAAAGAUGAACGAUAUCCCCAGGGGCACCGCCAUGUGCAAAGCCUUUCCUGGAUCUACCAACCGGGGGAUCUGUUGACGUCACCCAUCCCGAUAUAUGCCUGCAGACUACCAGUCGCCCCGCCCACAAUCGACCAUAGAUCGGUGUGUCUCGUCGGUCAGGUCUUGGCUGAUUUCACUCCACUCAGCCUGGACGAAUUCAGUCAUAGGGUGGUGGACGGUCAAAUGAUGUAUCGUUUUGAAUGUCACGUUGAGACCACUUUCGACGCUGAGCGUAACGUGCUUCAAUUUGCCGUGCAGGCCUUGGGCAAGACCAUUGGAAAUGAAAGUUUGGAGAUGCGCGAUAUAGACCUGCAAAGGAGACCAUGGGCUAGUUCAAAGUAGAUGAGAGGAUUUCUCUUGGGUGUCUUUCUCCAUAGGCUGAACAGGGCCCUGGUAUGUUGGGACAUGUAUGGAUGCAUAAGGAGUUGGCAGCUUUAGCUUGUUGGUGCUUUGAUAUCGUACGGCGCAGUUAUGAAUGGCAAAUCAUGGUGGCAAAGGCGAGUGAGAUAUGCUAGAAUUUCAAUAGAUAAUGUCGAGAAAGAUUAGCCGACAGCUCG